GCCAGUGACUGCGCAUGCACAGAUUGCUGUGAGCGCUUUCUUUGCUUAGCGCUUUAGCUGACGAACGUCAAAUUCGAACUGUUUUAGCUGUGUUUUAACGGCGUGUCGUAGAAAACUUUACGUUUACCAGUGGUAUUUAGUUACAUUGUUGUUGGUGACGUUAUAUUUCAUCAUGCCCAGAGGCGGAAAAAAGGGCCAUAAGGGCAGAGGGAAACAAUUCAGCAAUCCAGAGGAGAUUGACCGACAAAUGAAAGCCCAGAGAGAGCUGGAAGCAAAUGAUGGUGUCGCGAAAGAGAGCGGUUCAGAAGAGGAGAGUAGCAGCGAGGAAGAGUCUGAGCAUAAGAAGAGGAGUGGCGUGGAGGGACUUAUAGAAAUUGAGAAUCCAAACCGCAUUUCUCAGAAAAGCAAGAAAGUGACCGAAGUAGAUGUCGAAGCUCCUCGAGAGCUGUCUCGCAGAGAGAGGGAGGAGAUCGAGAAGCAGAAGUCUAAGGAACGCUACAUGAAGCUUCAUCUUGAGGGGAAGACUGACCAGGCAAAAGCUGACCUGGCCAGACUUGCGAUUAUUAAGAAACAGAGAGAGGAAGCUGCUAGGAAGAGAGAUGAACUCAGGAAAGAUGCAGAGGACACCAAAGCAAAGCGCUAGGCACCUCCUCAACAACUUCAACAUGCACAUCGGUCUCAGAGGGACAGACAGAGGCAAGGGAAAACAUUUGAGUAACGUCGGAACAUGAUAUGGCUGCCCCCGAGCUCCAUCCAAGUUCUUGGCGUAACAACAGCAAAGAGGCCGACGUGCUCCACAGAGCCCAAAAAAAACAAACCAGGUGAAAACAUCAAGGGAUGAAGACAAAUGCAACAUUUGGGAUCCCCCCCUGCGUGGGUUUUCUCUGUCUCACUCUUUACUCUUCUUCCGCCAUCUUAAUGUUUCUAAUCAUUUGCAUUCCCUUUGCCAUUUUUACAAAAUUUUGUCGGGACUCACAACAGCAAGGAGUCGACACCGGGAGGCCUUAGGUGCUUUAACUUUUCUUUCCGCCUGAUUCGUUAUUGUUGGAUAGUUCGAGAAUUGCACGCAAAUUUGGAAUAAUAAUUUUCAUUUCCUCAACACAUGACAAGUUAAUGAAGUGGACAUUUCUUGUAAUGCCUCAAAGCAGAAGGACUAUUACUUGAACUACCUUUUUGUUGUAAUAGAUAAACACCGUCUUUGGAAGCCUUGCGUCAAAGUGGCCUUGGUGCGCUUAUACUAGGAUCCUCUCGUUGUCUCUUUUGUUGUACCUCAACUCAACACCCUCAUUGUUUACAAAAGACCACCUCGCCUGUGAUUAUAGUUUUUUUUUUACAGCAUUCCAUUUCAAAACAGUCUUUUGUAACUUCUAAAUUCAACCAGCAAAACAAUCGAAUAUUGUUUACAGAACACAAAUUGGAUGCUGAUUUCAAAUCCAGCCUGUCCCUGAGCAGGUAUUAAGCUUCAAUAAUAACAGUCACACGUUCGUAUAAAAGAACCAAACCGCCAACUGUUUUUAGGAAAAAGGAAAACAAAUUGCAGCAUAGAAACGAAUCCCUCAACUUUUCCUUCUUGUAGUUGAAGUCAUUUAAUAAAGAAAUUGAUUCAUAAAUUGAAA